AUGAGCAGCGACUACGAGCCUCUUGAAGUAAUAGGGAAAGGAUCUUAUGGCACGGUACGAAAGGUUCGUAACAAGCUCGACAAUUCAAUCCUUGUUCGAAAGGAAAUCGAGUAUAAAUCAAUGAAUGGCCAAGAGAGGAACCAAAUCAUAUCCGAGCUACGUAUACUUAAAGAAUUGAAUCAUAAAAACAUUGUGAGAUAUUUCAAACACGAUCAUAUAAUAGAGUCUAAAACCAUACACAUAUACAUGGAGUACUGCUCGGGAGGCGAUUUGUCCCAUUUGAUAAAAGAUUUUAAAAGCAAUCAAGAAAACGUGCCCGAGGAAUUUAUAUGGCAGGUUUUAGUGCAAACGUUGUCAGCAUUGUACCGGUGCCACUACGGAUCCGAUGCCCCAAAAGUUGAGUUGUUCAGCGAUGCUUCGCGAGAAGAUGACAACAUGCCGCAGAUCAACUCCGAUUCCGUAAUAAUCCAUCGUGACAUUAAACCAGACAACAUUUUUCUUGAGCAUGGUGUGGUUAAAGUUGGUGAUUUUGGACUCGCUAAAAUGUUGACUACAUCGAAUGACUUUGCCAAAACCUAUGUCGGAACACCGUAUUACAUGUCACCUGAAGUCUUGAUGGAUGAGCCAUACCUGCCAGUUUGUGAUAUCUGGUCUUUGGGGUGUGUCUUGUAUGAAUUGUGUAACCAACACCCUCCAUUCCAAGCAAAAACGCAUUUACAACUUCAAUCCAAAAUCAAACGAGGAACAAUCCCCCCCGUGUCGGACUUUUACUCCGUCCAACUAAGAUCUCUAAUAAGAGAGUGCAUAACAGUUGAUCCCGAACUCCGUCCAACGUGCUACGACUUGAUCAACUCUUUGAGCAUAAAAUUUUUACGGAAGGAAAUGGAACUAAAAGAGUACAACCAGACGCUCAACAGCCUAAAGUAUGAAUUAAUCAACAAGAGUGAAGAAUUGAAGAAAAAAGAUCAAUAUAUUCAACUACGGGAAAAUAGGUGUAAAGAAAGGGAGUUGAAGUUGAAUGACCGUGAAAACAAGUUGAAAGACAGGGAGAACCAAUUGCAUAAGAUAGAAGAUACCAUGAUUGAAGAAUUCAAUCUAAAAAAACAAGCAUUAGACUUGGAAGCAAAAGAAGUACGUUUAGCGUACCAAAAAGAGUUUUGGUCGGUAGUGGAAAAAGAAGUUAGUGACAGAUUGAAAUCAAGGCCCCGCGGCCCUCGAGAUUAUGAGGACAUGAGCAUUUUACGAAUGAGAAACUUAAACACGACGAGCGAAGCCCCAAAGUUUAGGGUUACCGACGAAUAUGAACGACAGAAAAAUAUGGAGAUACGUAAAUACCGAAUAAACUAA